CGCACCCGAUCGGUCCGCCAGUCCCGCCACCACUCCAGGCUGUGGUGCCCGGCCCUUCCCUAUGCUAGCACCGAGGACCACAGAGACCACGGUCCCCAUGUCCCAGACGGAGGCUGACCUGGCCCUGCGGCCUCUACAGCUCCUCGCCCCCUCGGGGCCGCCCCGCCUGGGACCCCCGCCUCGCCGCGCGCGCCGCUUCUCCGGGAAGGCAGAACCCCGGCCGCGCUCGUCCCGUCCUAGCCGCCGCAGCUCCGUCGACUUGGGUCUGCUGAGCUCUUGGUCCCAGCCAACCUCGCCCGUUCCGGAACCCCCCGAUCCUCCGGACUCUGCUUGUCCGGGCCCCACGAAAAGCCCACCGCCCAGUUCCAAAGAGCCCCCUGAGGGCACGUGGACUGGAGGGAAUUCUGUGGAGGCGACAGAUCCCGUGCGCCCUGAACUCAAGGGAUCUACAGGAGCCCCGGGGCUGGGGGAGCCCCCGAGGGUCCCAGACGCCGCGGCCCAGGAGCGGCGGCGCGAGCAGCAAGAAAAGGAGGACACAGAGACGCAGGCUGUGGCAACGUCCCCAGACGGCCGAUACCUCAAAUUUGACAUCGAGAUUGGACGUGGUUCCUUCAAGACCGUGUAUCGAGGGCUAGACACCGACACCACGGUAGAGGUGGCCUGGUGUGAGCUGCAGACUCGGAAACUAUCUCGAGCAGAGCGGCAGCGCUUCUCGGAGGAGGUGGAGAUGCUCAAGGGGCUGCAGCACCCCAACAUUGUCCGCUUCUACGACUCCUGGAAGUCGGUGCUGAGGGGCCAGGUUUGCAUCGUGCUGGUCACGGAACUCAUGACUUCGGGCACGCUCAAGACGUACUUGAGGCGGUUUCGAGAGAUGAAGCCCCGGGUCCUUCAGCGCUGGAGUCGCCAGAUCUUACGGGGCCUUCAUUUCCUACACUCCCGGGUUCCUCCCAUCCUGCACAGGGACCUCAAGUGCGACAAUGUCUUCAUCACCGGCCCCACAGGCUCUGUCAAAAUCGGGGAUCUGGGCCUGGCCACUCUUAAGCGUGCUUCCUUUGCCAAGAGCGUGAUUGGGACCCCGGAAUUCAUGGCCCCCGAGAUGUACGAAGAAAAGUACGACGAGGCUGUGGACGUGUAUGCAUUUGGCAUGUGCAUGCUGGAGAUGGCUACCUCGGAGUAUCCCUAUUCCGAGUGCCAGAAUGCUGCACAAAUCUACCGCAAGGUCACUUCGGGCACCAAGCCCAACAGUUUCUAUAAAGUGAAGAUGCCAGAGGUGAAGGAGAUCAUUGAAGGCUGCAUUCGCACGGAUAAGAAUGAGAGGUUCACCAUCCAGGAUCUCUUGGCCCAUGCUUUCUUCCGGGAGGAGCGCGGCGUGCACGUGGAGCUAGCGGAGGAGGAUGAUGGCGAGAAGCCAGGCCUCAAGCUCUGGCUGCGGAUGGAGGAUGCGCGGCGUGGGGGGCGCCCGAGGGACAACCAGGCCAUCGAGUUCCUGUUCCAGCUAGGUCAGGACGCGGCAGAGGAGGUGGCACAGGAGAUGGUAGCCCUGGGCUUGGUGUGUGAAGCUGAUUACCAGCCAGUGGCUCGUGCAGUUCGUGAACGGGUUGCUGCCAUCCAGCGAAAGCGUGAGAAGCUUCGAAAAGCUAGAGAGUUGGAGGCCCUCCCACCAGAGCCAGGACCUCCACCAGCAACUGUCUCCAUGGCUCCUGGUCCUUCCACUGCCUUCCCCACUGAGUCUGAGGAGCCAGAGGCAGACCAGCACCAGUCCUUCCUCUUCCGUCAUGCCAGCUAUUCAUCUACCACCUCUGAUUGUGAGACUGAUGGCUACCUCAGCUCUUCUGGCUUCCUGGAUGCCUCAGACCCUGCCCUUCAGCCCCCUGUGGUGGUGCCACCCAGCCCAGCGGAGUCCCAUCUGUGCCUGCCCUCGGGUUUUGCUUUGUCCAUUCCACGAUCUGGCCCUGGCAGUGACUUUUCUACUGGGGACAGUUAUGCCUCAGAUGCAGCAUCGGGCCUCAGUGACAUGGGAGAAGGUAUGGGACGGAUGAGGAGACCUCCAGGGAAGAAUCUCCGGCGCAGACCUCGAUCCCGGCUUCGGGUCACUAGUGUCUCAGACCAGAAUGACAGAGUGGUUGAAUGCCAGCUUCAGACCCACAACAGCAAGAUGGUGACCUUCCGGUUUGAUCUGGAUGGGGACAGCCCGGAAGAGAUUGCAGCUGCCAUGGUAUAUAAUGAGUUCAUUUUGCCUUCUGAGCGAGAUGGAUUCCUGAGCCGGAUCCGGGAGAUUAUCCAGCGAGUGGAAACCCUGUUGAAGAGAGACACUGGUGCCACCGAGGUUGCUGAAGAUGCACUAACCCCCCAGGAGUCAGCAUCACUGCCUGCCCUCCCAGGCUCCCUCCCUGACCCAUCCAGUGCAGAGCUCCAGAGCAGUACCUCCCUGGAACAGAGCUGGGCAGCCUUCUCCACCUCCCUGUCUUCUCCUGGAACUCCUGUGUCUCCUGGAAACCCAUUUUCCCCUGGAGCCCCCAUCUUCCCAGUCCCUAUGUUUCCUAUCACUUCUCCGCCUUGUCAUUCUAGCCCCUCCCUAUUUCCCCAGAUCCCCUCUAGUCCCUUGCCACACCUCCCCAGCUCUCCACCUCCAUUCUCUCCGAAUGCAUCUGAGUUUCCAUAUCCAUCCUCUCCAUAUCCCCUGAAUUCUCCCUCCACCAGUUCUCCACCUCCAUUCUCUCCGUGUAGUUCUCAGGUCACUCUUAGUCCUUCUUUUCCUCUCUGUCCCUCUCCUCCACCACUCCCCUCUACCACAGCAGCCCCUCUCCUCUCCCUGGCUAGUGCCUUCUCUCUGGCUGUGAUGACUGUGGCCCAGUCUCUGCUGGCCCCCUCCCCUGGACUUCUCUCCCAGGCUCCCCCAUCUGUUCCUGGUCCUCUGCCUAGCCUGCCCCUUCCCUCUCCCCCUCCUUUUGCUCCUUGUGGUCAGGAGAGCCUUUUACCCCAAACAGCUGAGAUGGAGAAUGAGGCUUCCCCAAAUCCUGUUCAGCCACUCACGAGUGAAGGAAGACUAGCGCCCAUCUCUGAAGAGGGAAAGCCCCAACUUGUUGGGCGUUUCCAAGUGACUUCAUCCAAGGAACCAGCUGAGUCUCUUCUCCUUCAACCACCAUCCCCAACUUUUUCCAGUUCUAUAAAACUUCCAACCCCUCACCUGACCUCAGAGACCUCAGAAAGCUCAGACACAGAAGAUAGCACUGGAGGCAGGCCAGAGACCAGGGAGGCUCUGGCUGAGAGUGACCGUGCAGCUGAGGGCCUGGGAGAUGGAGUGGAUGAGAAUGGUGACUAUGGGAAGGAACCUGGAGCUGGGUGCUGCUCCCCACGCCUGAGCCAUCCCAGCCCAGUGUGGAUGAACUACUCCUAUAGCAGCCUGUGUCUGAGCAGUGAGGAGUCAGAGAGCAGUGGAGAGGAUGAAGAAUUCUGGGCUAAGCUGCAGAAUCUUCGGCAAAAGCACUUGUCAGAAGUGGAAGCACUACAGACACUACAGAAAAAGGAAAUUGAGGACCUGUAUACCCGGCUUGGGAAGCAGCCCCCACCUGGUAUCGUGGCUCCAGCUGCCAUGCUCUCCAGCCGUCAGCGCCGCCUCUCCAAGGGCAGCUUCCCCACCUCCCGCCGCAACAGUCUGCAGCGCUCUGAGCCCCCUGGCCCUGGCAUCAUGCGAAGGAAUUCUCUGAGUGGCAGCAGCACCGGCUCCCAGGAGCAGCGGGCAAGCAAGGGGGUGACAUUCGCCGGGGAUAUUGGCAGGAUGUGAAAUCAGAACAGAAGCUCUAUGUCUCCUCCAUACCAGGGCCCACCACGGCGCUUGUGCUCUCAGUCUGAUGCUUUUCUGACCAACUCAAUUCAGCAAGGAAGACCCCAGAACUGAGGGGGGAGAAGGUCAAAGGGUAUGAAGAGUGUGGCUGUAUUACACCGAAGACUCAAACAUGUAAAAACGAUUUCCUGUGUUGGAAGUGCCUGUUCUGCAGCCUACUGAAUUCACCUGCAAUCCCUUCCCCAGCCAAGGGUCAACCACUAAGCAAUCCCACCCAAGCCUAGAUGCUUCUUAAGGGCCCAUUCCCAGCUGGGAGAGUAGGAGGUGUACUCAAUAUCAGAAUUAGCAACAGACAAUAAAAAAAAAAUUACUGGAAAUAAG